AUGACCAAGCCACGCUUGAUCAUUUUAGUUCGCCACGGCCAGUCCGAAGGCAAUAAGAACCGAGAAAUUCACCAGACCGUUCCCGAUCACCGAGUCAAACUUACGCCAGAGGGUUGGAACCAAGCCCACGAUGCCGGACGUCGUCUCCGAAGCCUGCUUCGUCCCGACGAUACCUUACAGUUCUUUACCUCUCCAUACCGCCGCACACGUGAAACAACAGAAGGAAUCCUCGAGAGCCUGACCUCGGACGAAGGCUCCCCGUCGCCCUUCCGCCGAGCUAACAUCAAGGUGUACGAAGAACCUCGGCUACGUGAGCAGGAUUUUGGUAACUUCCAACCAUGCAGCGCCGAAAUGGAGCGUAUGUGGCAAGAGAGGGCCGAUUAUGGCCACUUCUUCUAUCGUAUACCCAAUGGAGAGAGCGCUGCUGAUGCUUACGAUCGUGUGAGCGGAUUCAAUGAGAGUCUCUGGCGACAAUUUGGCGAAGAUGAUUUCCCGAGCGUCUGUGUACUGGUGACUCACGGACUCAUGUCCCGUGUCUUUCUCAUGAAAUGGUAUCAUUUCACUGUCGAGUACUUUGAAGAUCUCCGAAACAUCAACCACUGCGAGUUCCUCAUCAUGCGCAAGCAGGAAAACAAUAAGUACCUUCUAGAGAACAAGCUGCGAACCUGGUCCGAUCUGCGGCGAGAACGAAAAGAUAAAGAGGACAAGGACAAGGACAGCUCGAAACUCCCACGCACCAAAACUUUUGUUGUUACACGCCGAUGGGGUGGAUGUCCCAAUGGCUGUGACCAUAGUCGCCACUAUGCUAAGCGUGAGGAUUUGGAGAUCAUGCGCAAAAAGGAUCAUGAGAACGGCGGGCCAGAGCCUUACGGCAAAAUUACAAACCCAGACGAGAUCAUAUCCAUCGUCAGCCGGAAGCAGAAGGCUCAAUUAGACUGCAUCGGCACGAAUAUUGAGAGCACCAACCUCGGAGCUCAUGAUGAUGGACCAGAGAUCGACAUUUCAUCAAACCAUGAAGGCAAAUCCGUUUCUGACCUCAAUGAUACCCCCUCAGUCAUCUCUGCCAGCGAGUAUAUCCAGUCGCCGUACUUGCAUAUUGGCCGCGAUGGGGGUGGUAGCUAUUCUGGCCACACAUCUGCUGCCGAGACUGAUAACGACUCGUCAGAGGAUGAGAACAUAAGCUUACACCGUAUUGCCUCCUUGAACGCGCAACUAAACAGGACCGUUGGCGAAAGAAGCGAGAAGCCUUCAUACAAUCAGAAACCCCUCCUCAAAGCCGGUCCCGAACAUCUAGCAUACACGAGCGAUAAGGAUAGCCCGGAUGAAUAUGCAAGGACUAACCGUCUUGGUGAUGCAUCUACCGAUGCCUCUUGUGACGGUGACGCUGAACUUGUCGAGGAUUUGGAUCGCGCUGAGAAGGAGGAUCGAAGUAUUCGGGGCAGUGUUUACUGA